ACUGUUAACGUUUCGUUUCGUAGCCUUUUGACGGUAUGUGGAAAGUAGCAAUGUCGGAUGAGGUUGGGAAGGCGAUACAGUCGGUGCUGGAGCGCGUGAACCAGGCGGCGGCGCGGAGGCCCAAGGUAACCGCGGCCCGGGAGGCUCUGCUCCGCAGCUCAGGGUCGGAAAAACAGCGCUGCAGAAGCACGAGCGGUUAUACACUUCCGGCUGUGUCGCCCCGCCUCGUAGCCGUUAGCAAGACCAAACCCCCAGAGAUGAUUGUGGAGGCCUACAGACAAGGACAGCGCAACUUUGGGGAAAAUUAUGUUAAUGAACUUGUGGACAAAGCUUCAGACCCUUUGAUUUUAGAGUCGUGUCCAGACAUCAAGUGGCACUUUAUUGGACAUUUGCAGAAGAAUAACGUGAAUAAGCUUCUGGGUGUUCCUAACCUCUUCCUGGUGGAGACCGUCGACUCGGUGAAACUGGCCGACAAGGUCAACAGCUCGUGGCAGCGCGUCAGCGGAGCCGGCAGCCAGAGGUUAAAGGUCAUGGUGCAGGUCAACACCAGCGGAGAGCAGAGCAAACAUGGCCUCCCUCCAGAAGAGACGGUCAACACGGUGAAGCACAUCUUGUCUCAGUGCUCCGGCCUGCACUUCUCAGGACUCAUGACCAUCGGUCGCUAUGGCUACGACCUAACCCUGGGCCCCAACCCCGACUUUCAGAUGUUGCUGACUCGGAGGCAGGAGGUGUGCGACAGCCUGAAGCUUCCUCUGGAGGAGGUGGAGCUCAGCAUGGGCAUGUCCACGGAUUUUGAACAUGCGAUCGAAGUGGGCUCCACCAACGUGCGAGUGGGUAGCAUCAUCUUUGGUAACCGGGAGUACCCCAACAGCGCAGCUAACACUCCGAACCCCAGCCCGAUGCCCAGUCCGGCUCCCAGCCCCGAGAAAACCUCCAAACUGGUGUCAGAGGAAGCUGCCAAGAAGAUGCAUCACCUGACUGUAUCUGAACACUAAGCGGAGCUUCUGCAAACACGUUAGCAAAGAAAAAGUCUUAAUAUGGGAGAGCAUGAUGUGGAGCUAGGAUUGCUGACUUCUAGCACAUUUCUAAAGAGAAGUAACACAUUCUUGACUUUUUUGUGCCCUUUUAGCUCUUUAAGCAUUAAAGAGGCAUUUUAUUCAGAAUUAGUGACUUUUCCUUCUUAAAGGUGUCCAGCAGGUGUCGCUAACCGCCAGCGCUCCGCCUCCCGCCACAUGGCAGCGUUGGUGAACAUGGCUGGAUACAAACUGCAGAAAACACACUAACCUGAGGAAGAUUGUAAUGGUUUGUUGUGCUGAUGUUGUUUUCUAUCUCUCCGACCGAACAUGUGCGUCCAGGUCAGAACGAUGAACCGUUUUCAUCGUUCGCUUGAAACAAAGACUUGAUUUAAUAAAUCAUUUAUCCCUUUAUAAUGAAACUUAGUAUUGUGUGUUUGAUAUGGUUUCAUAAGAUGUGCCAAACGUGUCAGAUCUUUAUUCUUGAUAUUAACUGGGACGUUGUGGUGUGUUUGGUGUCCGUGCCGUGUUGUUGGCGCUGGGAGGGCGAACCUAUGCAAAGUGUUGAUUUAGUCUGAUUUUUAAGCUGCUGCUGUGACGUCGCGGCGGUUUCUUCCAUGAUGUCACCAGCGCAGCGUUUUUCUGUCUCUGUAAAAUAAACUGUCAGCGAAAAGAAGAAAACCGUGUGGUUGCUGUUUGGUUUGGAGUCUGGCUCUAGAGGACAAAGCCAAGCAAUAAAUCUCACUGUUGGGAA